AUGAAAAUUAUCCAGCCCGGCAACUGCAAUGUAGGCACCAUCAAUGAUUUGCCAAACGGCAGGCCUACUCGAGAACCAGUGAAAAACAAGAGAACAUCCGAUAGGAGGAAAGGGGAACAAUACCUUGCGAAGAAGAAAUCCUUCCAUGUAAAGGUGAGUCGUGCACAAAGCGGGGCAGAAAGCCCCCCCGAUCCUGCUCCCCCCGAGAGGUACACCCACACCGAUAAAAAAAAUGAGAAAGAUAAAAAGGGAUCAGGCUCACCCAAGGAAGAGUCAGAUUUAUCAGAGGGAAGCACAACGCCAAACUCGAUACCAACGAUGAAGAAAUGGGGAAAACCCAACGUGGGGAAACUUCCCCGGGGGAGACACUCAAAUGGUGAACACUCGAAAUGGAGACCACAAAAAAAUUGCCAAGACGCACAGGAAAGUGCAAAUAUCAAGGAGGAGAAAAAGAAAAAUGAUCCCCUUCCUGAAGGGGGUAGCUCUCCACAUGAUUUGGGGGGCCUUUCCGAACUGGAAGAGGACAGUUCCGUCUGGUCUCUGUCCAGUGAAAACUCUAGUGACCCAUGCGAUAACGCAAAAAGGACCAAUUGUAACUUUGCUGAAGAUGUGAUAAGUACCCACGAAACACUCCCCAUGAGAGAGGUCCUAAGGGAGAACCAGUUAGAUCCUUCUAGAGGCGCAUCUAGAAUAGUAAAGACCCCCAUCUGUUGGAAGAAUGAAGUGCAUGAGACCGCUAGAAGAAGUUGCAAUGGGGAAGAAGCAACAGCAGGGGGAAGAGAAGCGAACAGGGGACCUGCCAAUGGGGAUCAUGUAGUUACUGAAGAACGCCAAUCGGAAGACGACCACCCAAAGAGGGACACCCCAAGUGACGGUGCCAACAAUGGGGAUGACGAAGAACGUGACAAACGUGCAUUUACCCCCCCAAACGAAAUAGACCAAUUAAAGGAAGAAAUAAAAAGGGAACUUUACAACAGAUUGAGCAUCGCACUAGACAUGAACAUGAGUCUAAACGAGAAGGAAAAAUACUAUGACCUUUUUAAAAAAAAAAAAAAAUUCCAAAAAUAUAUUAUGAAAAGCUGCAAGUUUGUAAUAAUACUUGGGAAGCACCUGAAUCUGUCGUUCAGCAUCAUUGCAAUGGCCCUGUAUUAUUUGCAUAAAUAUAACGAGAAGGUUCUGAGGAGGAAGAAGAAUGCGUUGCCCUACUUGAUUGGUGGGGCGUGUAUUUUCUUGGCAUGGAAAAUGAGAGAGGACAUAGAAAACCUGAAAAGGACUAAAAAGCUCUACGAUAUUCCAAAGAUGAUUUUUAAGUUACUUAAUUAUUUUGACAAGAAAAAAAAAAUAAAAAAAAAAAUGAGGGAGCUACAAAUUGGCAUGGUCCUAAGUGGGCGCGCUUACCAGAAGUGGGAAGACCUUUCGGAUGAACACACGUUCGGUUCGAUUGAGCAUACGGCGGGUAACGCAGCAAAGGAGGAAGAGGCAAGUGGAAGACGCCACGGAGAAGAAGAAACCCAUCCUCCGGGGGAAGCAUCCCAAGGAGGGUCACCCCCCCGCAGCGGGAAAAAAAAGCGAAAGCUCUCCCCCAAGGGGGACGUGAAGAAACCAUCUACGGAACCAAGUGAAACGAACAACCUACACCGAGACCUGGCCCAAAUAAAACGCAUAAUCAGCGCAGGUUACGUGUCUGACGUGAACAACAUAGGCCACGUUAGUGACUGCUUCAACUCGUACCUGUCCGAGUGCAACAGCAGGGACGUGUCUGAGUGUGAGUUAGAGGGGGGAAAACACAGCACGCAUGACGAUCUAUAUGACGGUCCACAUGAUGAUCUACCAGACGAUAUACCAGACGAUAUACCAGACGACCUGGGUGACGCCCCGGAGGAGCCCCCCCCCCAAACGUACCUGACCCACUUCCAACAUCUGUGCAAGCGCGAAAAGCGGAAGAUCCACAUAUCGGCCUCCAAGUGGGUUCUAAAAAAUUCGGGACAGAAACUACAACUCAUGCAGAAGGUAAUCAUUUACUACGAAGGGGAGAUUCUCAAAAGCAUCAAUUACUUUUUAAAGCCAGACAAAUUUUCCUUCGAUCUGUUUCCAUUCUUCAUUGGAACCUUUGUAAGUAUCAUGAAGGGCUACGUGACGGAGGAGGAGGUAACCUGCCUGCAAAAAAUCGCCUCCCUCAGCUUCCUGGAUUAUUACAAAACCCCUCUUUGUUUGGUCUUCACUUCGAAGGAGAUCAUGGUGGCUUCCAUCCUGCGUGCAUACAUUUCGCUGAAGUGGAUUUGCGGUAAACUGGACCUGCAGAAGAUGUCUCUCCAGGAUUUUGAAAAAAAGGCGACCCGCUUCACACAGCACGUCAGUUCCAAGAACCCAAUCAGCAUAACCCGAGUUAAGAUGGCGUUGCGGGAAAUCAGGCUAUUCAGCGAAUGA